CCCCCCCCCCAAAAAAAAAAAAAAAAAAACCAAAAAAUGGAAGAUUACUCCUCUGUUCCAAUGCAAAAAACAACCAAGAUCAUCAGAAAAUCAAUCUUUAUUUUUCUUCAGAACUAUCAGUUCUUCACUACAACAACAGCUUUUUUUACGUUUCCUUUUGCUGCUUCAGUUCUUUUAUUACAAUCAUUCAUCUAUUCGUCAUCUCUUUACCCAAUAAUUUAUGAGCGUUUGCAUUUACUUUUCGAUGCUGCAGGGUUCCCUUCUUCUUCAGAAUUCUUCACUCUUCUCAAUUCCAAAAUUUCUCAGACAAUUGUGAUAUCAUUUUUUUCAUUCCCUUUUACCAUUUCCUUUUUUCUAUUCGCCAAAUCUUUAGUAAUCGAAUCUCUUAACUACUCAAAACCAUCUCAAAAAACUACAGUCCCUUCGUAUUUCCACCUUCUUCUCACCCAAGUCUGUAACUCAUUACUCAUCAUUUCCGCAAACUCCACCUGUUUCACUCUCCUCUUCUUCGGUUUCAAUCUUUUUGAUUAUUUAUUCGGGCUUUCGAAUCCAAGAUCAAUUCUUUUGUUAUCAGCAACAGGGGCUGUACUCUGUUCAAUUAUUCUCGCAAAUACUUUAAUUAUUUGCAAUUUGGCGUUGGUAACAUCAGGAAAUGAGAAAAUUGGAGGGUACAAGGCGAUUCUCAAAUCUUGUGUUUUAAUCAGAGGAAGAACAGCAACAGCAUUAUCACUAGCAGUGCCUGUAAAUUUGGCUCUGGCUGCAGUUGAAGCUCUGUUUCAAUACAGAGUCGUGAAGGCGUAUUAUCAAGAAAAAACAGAGCUUUUUCCUCUAGCUUUAGAAGGAAUGUUCAUUGCCUAUAUGUAUUCAAUUCUUCUGGUUCUUGAUACAAUAGCAAGCUGUGUUUUCUACAAAAGUUGUAAAACAGAUGAAGUACGAAUGUUUCCAAUUUUGCCAAUUUCGCCAAUUUCGCCAUAUCAAGAUGAAAUUCAAGACAGAGAUCAAUGUAUAGUUGUGAAGAUAAAGACAUUCGAGGAGUCCCCUUAAGCUCUUUUUUUUUCCAAGUGAUUCAGAAGAUUAUGUUUUCUUGAUUUAUUUUUCAAUUGGAUAAUAAAAAAAGAGUCUGGUUUCUGCAAGAGUAAAUAUAGUUGGAAUACAGGAAGAGACUAAGCAAUUUCUUGGGGUCAUUAAUCUACUUUUUUUUUUUUUUUUGUAAUCUCCAGAAUAUCCAUUGCUGUAAUCUCUGGAAAGAAACUCUUGUAAACUGUCUAUAUUUCAAUUUGCAAUGCAAAGAGAAAAAACACAAAUUUCUGAAAUCAAGUUUAUAGACUAGUGGGCAAAGUUGGUGCAAUAUGAUUGGGAGA